CCAAGACUCACCCUCAAGAUGAACGUUGCGCGCUACGCUGAACUAUCUAGGCGACUCGAAAUUUAACGAAUCCAAUCCAAAAAUCGCUCCGUAAUUACUAUUACCUCAAAGGGACCACACAAGGUGCAAAAUACACUUCACACGCAAUGGCUCUCCAUGACCCAAUCGCCGACGCCAAAGCGCAGGAAGCGACUAACAAAUACGCCUUCCGUCCAGCAACAAUGGACGACAUACCAGCGCUGCAGCAGAUGAUUGGGGAGUCGUUGCGAGCGCUUGGGAAAGGGUAUUACACAGAUGCGGAGCUCGAUGGGUCGAUAGGGUUUCUCUUCGGUCCAGAUACAGUGUUGAUACGCGAUCAAACAUACUACAUCCUCCACCCCCGCUCGUCCCCUUCAAAAAUCGCUGCCUGUGGCGGCUGGUCCUUCCGCCAAACUUUGUACGGCGGGAACAACGCGCCCUCCUCCCUCCGCAUGCCUGCCAAGCGCGACCCCAGCACCGACCGGGCAUCAAUUCGGGCAAUUUUCACCUCGCCCUCAUUCGCACGCCAAGGGUUGGGGACGAUGAUGAUGCGGCACUGCGAAGCGCGUGCAGCCGAGGGUAACGAAGAGACAGCCGGGUUCGAGAGGCUGGAGAUGGGAGCGACCUUGUCGGGGGUGGCGUUGUAUGAGAGGUGUGGAUAUAUUAGGAGUGGUAGGGAGGACGUGGUCAAGUGUCCUAAUGGAGAGGGGAUUAGGGUUGUGCAUAUGGUAAAGGAUUUGUAGGCGGGGGGGGGGCCGUGAGGAUAGAUGGGAUUGGG